GGACGAUAAGGAACUGCAUACGCGAUGCGGAACCUACGGGCAUGCUGGCUGUUUUGGGUGGGUCUACCGAUGAUCGCAGCCUACCCUGUACCUUCGUCGCUUCUCACAGAUUCACCACAUACUCGGUCUUCCUCACAAUGGGAACACUACUGGUUACGUUACGCGAUUGCUCUGUCAAGUGUUACCGCCACAGCGCUGACUUUGGCCGGAUGCCUUUGUUGCCAGAGGCACAGAAGACCUAAGGGAUUUCAGGACAAAGCAGAAAAAUGCAAUCAGGAAUUCAAGGACGGAAGUAUAGGACAAGAGAGUACGCUUGAUCGAUCCGUCGAAGGAUUGGAAUUGGAUGCCUCUAGGACGUUAGCUAUUUCCGAGAGGGUCCAAUUUGAACCUUUACCUGUGGACAGUAUUGUGGCUGGCGCUAGAACCACUCCAACGCACAAAGCGGUACCAUUGUCAGCGCCGCGCAACGAAGAUCAGGAUGCAGAACACGUCAUUCUGCAGGAACCAUGCAGCGAAUGGUUCAACUCCAAUGAACUUUACGUCCCAAGGGAAAAACUCAAGUACCUCAGAGAAAUAGGUCACGGAUGGUUCGGAAAGGUUGUCGAGGGUCGGGCGGAUCUGGAACGAUCGAAGGGUGUAUCGAAAUCGGGCGGUGUAGUCGUGAGAAUUCUCACCGAAGAAGCUACUACCAGAGAAAAGGCCUGGUUUCUUGGCGAGGCCACGCCGUACUUGAAGCUGCGCCAUCAGAAUGUUUUAGCCUUGCUCGGCUUCUGCUUGGAAACUGAUCCGUACCUCUUGCUCUUCGAGUCGUGUCCGGCUGGUGAUCUAAAAGGUUUCUUGCUAUCUAACCGCGAUGUGAAAUCGAGGGAAGCGCUCGCGAGGGAGAACGUUCCCAUAAGAAUCGCAAUGGAGAUCGCGUCCGGCUUGAAGCACAUGCACAGCCACGGUUUCGCGCAUACGGAUCUUUCCGCGAGAAACUGCCUGGUCGCGCCCGACCUGUCGGCUAAGCUGGGCGAUUACGGUACCGGUGUCGAGAAAUAUCCCGAGGACUAUUACAUCAUAGCAGACCGAGCCUUGCCCAUUAGAUGGUCCGCGCCGGAAAGUUUGAACUGCACCGACACGACGAUCGAAACACAGGAGAUCACGCCGCAGGCAAAUAUGUGGAGUUACGCGGUUCUUCUUUGGGAGAUUGCCAGCUGGGGUGAGAGACCUUACAACGAUAUGAACGACGAGCAAGUCAUUCAGAUGAUUCUAUCGUUGAAGAAUCAGUUUCUGCCAAAUGGCACGCGGCUCCUGCAAAGUUAUCUCACCAACUGUCCUCUGAAUAUAUGUCAAGUAACUCGCCUGUGUUUGAACGUGAGCGCGAAGGACAGGCCCUCCCUGGACGACGUGAGGCAGAUGUUCUCGCACGAGCACUCGGCACACGCGGAUUUCGAGCAACGGUGGGAGAGUUUACGCGCGAACGCCGGCAAGCGAAGCGCCAGCUUGCAGGAUCUGCGCGGUAGCAUCGAUUCCGACUACUGGACUCACAUCGUGGACGACGCGCAGACGACGGACACAUUGCGGUCCUCGUUUCGCCUCGGACCCGGGGAGCAGGUGAAAAAUAUUCCCGGAAUGAAGACUGCUGCUACGGUGUUUGCGGAGUCCGGCUCGGAAACCGAGGAGGAGAGCUGGAAGGGCCGGAUCGAGCAGGGUGUAUAUACAGAGAAAGUGAAGCAGAAGUCCAAGUCCGUGACAGAUCUGAUGGUGCUUGUACAUAUCGAUCCGGAUUCCGACGCGGAGUGGUCGAUGGGGGCCCAAACGACGGAGAAGAGCGUGAAGAAGACCGGUAGCGACAGCGACCUCAGGCACACCGUGCCCGCGGAUGAGUUCGACGAGGCAUUGAAGAAGCUGCGCGACCCCUUGCCGAGCAACGCCGCCGGUAAAGUCAGGUCGCUGGAGAAUCUAGAACGGCCGAAACUCUUAACGCUGACCAUGGAUCAGUGUCAGAUGCCGAUUUUGCGGCUGUCUCUGGACAGCGCGGGAAAAGCAGCCGUCGAGAACGACAACAGUGCGUCGUCGAGUGCGAGCGCGGAUAGCACGCAGCGCGGCGGCGAGAGGCACGUACUAAGACUGUCGAAGGGUGACCCGGACCUUCCUCUUCUCCGCUAUGUACCUGACCAAACGUCCUCUGUUGAAGAAGUGGAGAAGAGGGAGGAUCGCGAGGCGCGCGAUGCGCCCUUCGUUAACAAGGAGGACAAUGAUGCUCCUAAUCGUUUAGUUUCAAACGAUAUCGAAGCCGACCAACAGAACACGGUAGACGUUUUACUCUGGAAUCACGCAUUAGACUCCGCUUUAGAGCAUAAAGUACCCGGCUUCACGGACGAGGCGGAAUUCAACGAAUACACAGACGCAUCGAUGAAAGAGAGCAACGCCGGCGCGCCGGAAGUCACUGUGACUGCCGUAUCUACACCGGACGCGAACUUUUGUAACGCCUAUUCGAUUUAUACCGCCGACGACGAAAACUUUUCUACAAUAGAGAACGCGGAGUUGGAGCAAAAAUCGUUGCCAAAUGACGACGAGGAGGAGAGAAAACAAUUGUCCACGCCGGACGACGAGCAGAGUUCCGAUUCUGGUUUUCGAGAUAAAGAGUCCUGCGAGGAAGAGGAAGCGAUCUGUCCGACGUCUGGCAAUCUCUUACCCGCGGCUCCAAUUUCAGAAUCAUCGUAUCCCGAGGAGGAGCCGUUCCAAAUUCUUUUCGAGCUGGAUAAUAUUCUCGAUGCAGAAUACUACGCUACCCCAGCUGGUCCUGAAAGUAUAACGGAAAGUAUAACUUCCGCAUCAAACAUAGAAAGAAACCUUUCGCCCUUGAAACAGAAUGUUUCCGAUUCAAAUCUUGUUUCUGCGAAGGUAAAUGAUUUAGAAAGUAAACAAAUUGAUAUUAUCAGUUCUGAUUCGACAGAAAUAACCGAUGCGGAGACAAGUCCGUGUCGAUAUGAAGAGAGACGUGAAAAUAUAACGGAAACAAUCAUCGAGAUGGAAGCAAAGAGUUUGACUCCUGAGAAAGUGCAAGAGUUUAAGGCCGAAGAUAAUAUUCAUCCAUCGUACGACUCGGAAGCGGAAACCAUCUCGAGAUCCGACAGGAGUACUUAUAAUAUAUACCGAGAUUCGGAACAGUACUCGCAGGGAGAUUACGAAAAUGAGGACGAGGACAGUUCGACGGUGAGCCUGCGUAGCGACAAUUCCUACGUGUCGUUCGGCAUGGAGGAAGAAUUCGUGACGGCGAUUCGUAACGAGCUCAGGGAAAAGUUGCCUCAAGCGCAGAUGCAUAUUGUGGAAUCUCUGGAACGACACGACGACGAUGACGACGACGACGACGAUGAUGAUGAGAACCUUCCUAUCCCCUGCGAUGUGUAUGGCAAACGUUGGGACGACGAUGACAGCGACGAUCCAUCCAAUCAAAUGAGCGGAGGCGUAGAUAUUUCGAUCAGAUACAAUGUGUAUGGAACACCGCUUAGUCCCAUCUUAGAAGAGCGAGAAAGCACCGUCACUUCCGAGUCUUUGAUGUCAAACUCCAGAGAGGCAUCCGUUGCUUCGAGGGAAUCUGUGCCGUCGGAAGAUGUACUGUUAGUCGACACUCGUACGAAUGAAAUGAUAUUACUGGAAGGAUUGGGAGAACGAUUACAGGACGAUGAUCGGGACACGACAAACGGCGAUUUAUCCGAAGAAGAAAAUUUAGAUUUCACUUGUUCAGCCACACGUCCAUUAGAGGAUAAAUCGCGCAUCGUCAAGAUGAGCGGAGGCGCGCCGUUACCGAGCCCUGAGGAAGAAUCCAAAUGGCAGCAGUUGCCCUCGUCCUUCCCGUUGCCUUUACCGUUGCCCUCGCCGUUGCAAGAUGACUUAAUGUCGACGAGUUUUGCCAGUGAACGCGAAUGUUGCAGCCAGGAUGAAGACGAAGAGGAGGACGAAGAGGAGGAGGAGAACGAAGAGGGAGAGGAAGAAGACGAGGAUAACAGUUCUAGUUCCGGUGAAUUUGUUUGGAAGAGAUACAACGAGCCACAUAUCGAACAGAUACGAGUCAAAAGUACCGCAAACAACGACGAAGCGAGUAUGGCGACGAGUGUCGAGUUAGAGGAGGAACUGGGUGCCGAAGGCGAAGAUGAAGAAGAGGAGGAGGAGUUCACACCUUCGGCCUGGAAUGCCGCUUUAGCGCCUCACCGUUCGGCAUUGAGGUCUCCGGACAAAACGUUAAAAUCUGGGGAUCAAAAGAAGAGUGUAUGGUUCAAGAAGCAACGCUACCAUUGCGUGUACGAGUAUCCGAAGGAAACGCUGCCGGACAGUCAAGCGGAUAGUACCACCAACUCCGAACCAACGUCCUAUUCUGAUUGGGAAGAAAUGAUGGAUGAGCCACGAUUGGAUUUAUAUCCUUUGGAUUACGACGACGCCAAUCAUACUGGGAACGAAGAAUUCUUUGUGACCAGUUCGAACCGACCCUUCCAGUUUCAAACUGGCGAAAGUAAGUACGUGAGCCAGUUCUUCCCGGGUGCGAGCGCAAUUUCCUUGUCCGAUGACCGAGAUGAGGUAGACGGGCAGGAGCCGCAGCAAAAUAAUGUGGACUUCACGAACGAAUAUGAACAAUGUCAGCAGCAUCAAUUAGGAGAAUUAAGACACACUAGAGAUCGUUUGAAAUUAAAUCUAAUAUCGUCGAACGGUACGCCGUCCACUUCGUUCGUUCCUGUGAAACAAUCGCAUGCAGACGGUGAGCAACUAGACAUUAAAGAAAACCACGAGUCUCAACUUAUUGAGAACGUUGCCGCGCAAGACCAAUGUAUCCCAUCGAGUCCAAUGAAUGACGAUGCCACGUUGCCAAAGGUGCCUCACGAAGAUGCCCGAGACGGUCCAUCUUCUCAUAAAGUUUUUCAGUGUGAUAGUCAGGAGACGCCGGAGCCCACCGAGAAGUGUAGUGUUUUAGCUCGUGACUGAUACGAGACUAAAGUCUGUAACGGAGUUUUAUGGAAGACAGUGUAGCCCAAAUCCGUCCGAAACAAUCUCGUCGUGAGAGAAUGCGGUGAUUUUCCUCGUUAACGCGAUCCGAUGAUUGUCAUCGACGAGAUUAUUGUAACACGAAUCUCGAACAAAUGUACAUAACGAAAGAUGUAGCUAGGAUGCUAAGCUACAAGUCGAUCGGUUGUCUAAAUGAUCUUCGAAGAUGUUCUAUAAAUUGUUCUAUAGUAAGUACGAAAAUGUGUCAAUAUAUAUAUAGAUAGUGUCGGCUUUAUAUCAUCAAUAAAGCUGUUUCUCGCGUGACAAUUUAGUCACGAUAGAGAAGAAUGACAACUGAACGAGUGAAAGCUCGUAUUGUAAAAAAGCGGACACAGAAAUAUUAAUUCUAGACAAUCGAUUUGUAGAAAGCUACAUCGAAAUCACGAUGAACAAUUCGCAUCGCGCGUGUAAAUAGUUAUUGUUUGUAGCGUAAUCGUUAUAAAUGAGCAGUAGUGCCUAUGUAGAAUGACACGAUUAUUUUUAUGACUCCUCUACAAGGGACAUGUGAAUCGUUUUUGCACGUCCAUUCUUUCUUCUUUACUCAACACUUAUUAUCACGCGUUUCUCUCGAUAUUAAUUCAAUAUUAUUAACAAAUUUGCUCUCUAUUAUCAAAGUAUUGUACAGGAAAGUAUACGGGACGCACCGUUCCGCUUAUGAAGACUCUCGACGAUGAACAUGAAAAUAUUGUACUUGCACGACUAAUUUUCUACACGAUGUAUACACGAUAUCUCGAUAGACUUUUACUUUCAUUAGAUCU